UAACUUCACUGAGUGUAAAUUAAUAUACACUCUCAUUAACUUAUUAAAAGUCUUAUAAUAUUUAGUAUCAUCGUCCAGAAAAAAUGUCGACGGCGGCCGUCAACGGUUUCUUCCUCACCUCCCUUUCCCCGGCUCAGACUUCUUCUCCGCAGAAAUCCACUGUUCGUCCCUCCAUUGUCGCCCGCCUCUCCUCCUCUUCCUCCUCGUCUUCUUCUCGUUCUGUCCCGAGCCUUAUCCGUAACGAGCCCGUAUUCGCUGCCCCCGCCCCCAUCAUCACCCCUUCUUGGAGAGAAGGAAUGGGGAAUGAAUCAUAUGAAGAAGCCAUUGAAGCUCUCAAGAAGCUUCUCAUAGAGAAGGGAGAGCUGGACGAGGAGGCGGCGGCGAAAAUGGGACCCAUAACGGCGCAGGCUCAGACAGGUUCGUCCUCCGACAGCAAACCCUUCGACCCCGUCGAGCGCAUCAAGCAAGGCUUCAUCCACUUCAAGAAGGAGAAAUACGAUAAAAACCCAGCUUUGUAUGGUGAGCUCGCCAAGGGCCAGAGUCCCAAGUUCAUGGUGUUUGCAUGUUCGGACUCACGAGUGUGCCCGUCACACGUGCUGGACUUCCAACCCGGAGAGGCCUUCGUGGUCCGUAACGUCGCCAACAUCGUUCCUCCUUUUGACCAGGUCCGGCACACCGGAGUUGGCGCCGCCGUUGAAUAUGCUGUUUUACACCUUAAGGUGGAAAACAUUGUGGUGAUUGGUCACAGCGCAUGCGGUGGGAUAAAGGGGCUUAUGUCUUUCACAUUCGAAGGGCCCAACUCCACUGAUUUCAUAGAAGACUGGGUCAAAAUCGGUUUACCAGCUAAGUCUAAGGUUUUGGCGGAACAAGGAGAUUCACCCUUUGAAGCCCAAUGUACCUAUUGUGAAAAGGAGGCAGUGAAUGUGUCGAUAGCAAACUUGUUGACAUACCCAUUCGUGAGAGAAGGGCUGGUGAAUAAGACGCUUGCAUUGAAGGGAGGAUACUAUGACUUUGUCAAGGGCUCUUUUGAGCUUUGGGGACUUCAGUUUGGCCUCUCUCCCUAUACCUCUGUUAAAGAUGUGGCUACCAUACUUCAUUGGAAGCUGUAGGAAGUCUUUGCAUAGAGGUCAUUCAAGCCAAAGAUUGGUCUUUCCCUUUUCACUUUUCCCAACUAUAUAUAUAUAUGAACCCUUUUUUUCCAUGUA